GUCAUCGUGUGCUACAUACAUACCACAGCCACCCAACUCCUAUUUACCUCUUAUCUCCUCCAUCCUUCUAUUCUCACGCGACAUACCUGAAACCGGGUAGCCUUGCACCUUGCAGUAGACUGUCCACGUACCUGGUUGGCCAGCAUCUCUCUUAUCUCGCAGCCCUCGUGCAUCUCCGUACCAUCUCCAUCUUUGGAUCAACCCCUAGGCAGACCGACAUUUCGCAUCUCGUCUCCUUGCAUCUCCCCACAACCUACGACUUCCUACUACCGCAUACUUAACGACCACCCUCCACACCUUUUUAUGUUCUAGAUCGACUCAUCACACGACCAAUAUUCAACAUGGCCACCACUUUUGCCCAGCACCCUCAACCUCUGCAGUCGCCCACCUACAUCCACAGCCAGCCUCAGUAUGGCAACUCGACCACUCCUCCCUCAAACAAUGUCUCUCCUUCAAACCGCGCUGCCUACAUGCACGCCAAGCAAGUCCGCCAGCCAAAGCAGCCUCUCUACAUCCCUGCCGUCCUGCGCCCCACAGAGUUGCCCGGCUCAAGACAAGCUUCUUUGACACCUCCCCGCAGCGCACACAGCAGCAUGGACAUGUCUAGAGAUGGCUUCAAGUUCACCACCGGCCCCGCCAGUCUCGCUUCUCCUCCUCUUAGCCCCGACGAGGAUGACUCCAGAUCAUACGGCCCUUGGGGUCCUGGCAGCAUCUCCAGAGUCGUCUCAGACGAGUGGAAUGAGAACAACAUGGGUGCCGUCACUGGUGCACCCACAAGAAACCACUGGAAGCCCGACAACAGCGCCUCGCUGUGCAAGUCUUCCACAUGUGCCCGUCCCUUCUCCAUCCUCAACCGUCGUCACCAUUGCCGUCGUUGUGGAGACAUCUUCUGCGCAAGCCACAGCCCUCACGCUAUUCCUCUUGACCAGGAGGCUCGCUUCCACCCUGAGGGCACUCUUCAGCGUGCUUGCGACAACUGCUGGACCGACUACCGUGCAUGGCGUGCUGCCCGUCCUUCGCGCAACAACAGCGUCACCAGCAGAGAUAGCAAUGACACUGUCUUCACUCAACCCGUCGGUGUCCCCAGCCAGAACAAAGGCUCCGAGGAACAUCAGCCUGUUGGCAGUGUCGCUCAAUCCGUUGGCGGCAACUGGAACUGGAGCACCUUUUAAUUUACGACCUUUACCGACUCUACGACACGCCAGCUAUAAGCACAUCUCAGCUUGAGCGUCCACGUUUUCACAAUCUUUGUCCUGCGUUUAAGCGCUUCCUUUCUCGCUCCUCUGUCUCCGCUUGGUCGCAGCAGAGACUGUUCUUCCUUUCAUUGACGCUUUGAGCGAAUGAUACCACUUAUUGGAUUGGGUAUUAGCCCAUUAAUUCUUUCGUUUUUGUUUAUUGUAUGGCGCUCUGGUUAUUGGUUCAUCACAACUACACGGCAUUGGUGCCUGGUUUGAUAUGGAGUCUUGGUUUGCUUUUCCGGUUGAUACCAUGGAUGAGGAGUUUUUCUAGACAUGCAAUUAUACGAUCAUCUUUACCUCCCAAUCAUCCCGGUAUCCUCUUCCUUGUCGAACA